CAACGAUCGGCCGCGUCUCUUCUGCUCUUCCUAGUUUACUGGUGGAUUGCUUAGUGUGCACUGAGAGCCUCGCUGGCUUCGAUUCCUCUCACACGCUGAAAUACUCGAACCUCCAGCGAGGAAGAGAACAUGAGACCGCAAAAUGUUGUGUGCAGCAAUUACGCAAAGUAACAGAACAACAGAAGUUGUGUUAGUGUUGUCGACGACCAUCGCUCAUUUUCCUUCGGAUAAAUCUGAUUUUCGUUGUUAGUAACCAAUGCGAUCUCUCGGAGGCCAGAAGGGCGCGAAGGAAGGACAAAAGGAAGAGUUGAUAUUCCUGAGGACCACAAGAGUCGCGAGGAAAGGCACGAGAGAAUUCUCAAACAAGGAUUCAGCGCGAUGGCAGUUCAACUGAAGGUGCUGGCCACGACAGUGCUCUCCAUUGUCCUUCUUCACGUCUCUCUCUCAGAGGACGUCGAGGGCUUCAGAGAACGCAGGGCACCAAAGAUACAUCCACACACCCUUCUGCCAACGCCUGGAUUGAUAAGAGCCCGGGGCUAUCCAGCCGAAGUGCAUCAUGUUGCUACCGAGGACGGAUACAUCCUGGAACUCCACAGAAUACCCUUCUCACCUCGCAGGUCGUUAGGCGGUAACCCGAAUCCCAUCAAUCUCUCCCAGAAUAACGUCAAGAGAUCGUUACAGCUACAGCUGCUGAAUGCCACCGCUGGAUUUCAGCACAGAAGUUCCUUGAUCGGCAACAGUUUGGACCCAAAGGAGCCAAAGGUUGUGUUCAUUCAGCACUGUGUCCUUUGUUCCAGCGCGGAUUUUGUCAUGAAUGACCCCAACCAGGCUUUAGCUUUCAUAUUAUCAGAUGCUGGUUACGACGUGUGGCUUGGGAAUAUCCGAGGCAACAUUUACAGUCGUCGUCAUCGAACCAUAACAGCCAAAAACCCCAAGUUCUGGGAAUUUAGUUGGGACACGUGCGCCCGGUACGACAUCCCAUCCAUGUUGCAGUACGUUCGAACGAAUACUGGAGCGAAUCAGGUCAGCUACAUUGGUCACUCGAUGGGGACAACAAUGUUUUUCGCCAUGAUGAACAUCCAUCCUCACAUUAAUUCUUGGGUACGCGUCAUGGCAGCAAUGGCGCCCGUUGCCUACAUGCACAACAAGCACGCGCCUAUCGGCGUUCUCAGUCCAGUCAUCAACGGCAUUGAUAGAUCGUUGACCCGGAGUGGGAUGGCUGGAGUUUCUAACGCCAACAAAAUCUAUAUCAACGCUAACCUCUGGGUUAUGCUCCGAGAUGCUCUUCAUCCAGUCUAUUUGCAAGUUCAUAAUUAUCUCCCGGUCAUCGUUGCCCACACACCAGCAGGGACAUCGUUCCGUACAGUCACCCAUCUUCUGCAGCUCGUUCGAGACAGAAGAUUUCAGGCUUUCGACUAUGGUCCAACUGACAAUAUUAAAGUGUACGGGACUACGAAACCUCCUCGUUUAGAUCUAGCAGCUGUCACCGUUCCCGUCGGGGCAUUUUGGUCUGACAACGACUGGAUAGCUGAUCCAAGGGACGUGCAGCAAACUGUGAGAGAGUUGGGUAACGUAGUACUUAACCACAGAGUGCAACACAACAACUUCAACCACCUCGACUUCUUGUGGGCCGAGAACGCUGCAGACUUAGUCUACCGGCAUAUCUUAGACCUACUUGAUCGGUACAACUGAGAUAAGAGCUGGUAACAUCAUUCCUGAAACCAUAUGAGGCUCAAUUGUUGAUUAGAAAUAACCAUAACAAUUGUUCCUCAACCCAAGACAGCACAUAAAAAAGGCAAGCCAUGCCAUUUUAUGGUGUCAAAGUAUCAGUCUCCCCCUAUCUGUCAGCGUUGUUUCAAAGCUUCCCAGACUACAUGUGGAAUCCCGUAAUUGUGCUUUAUCUGUGAUUCUGUUAGAAAUAAGUGACCUUUCAAGGAGGGGUCAAACUUCCAUUUAUUUGUUAUGAUUAGGUUACGGCAGUGUGAGAACCAUAUGGUUCCAACUUUAGCAACCUGAGAAAAACUAGUCCUAUGUAUGUGCAAUAUUUCCUGCAAUCGUAUGAAACGAGCAAAAUCCUUAGGAACCAGCACCCGUUGGCCCCCAUUUAUGUAACUAGCUAACAGAAAUCAAGUAAGAUGCUGCUAAUGUGCAAAAGAAAUACUGUAACCCUCAAUUAACAAUCUAUGUGACCUUUACAAGCACUUUAUCAGAUAGAAUAACUGCAGAUGACAAAGAUCUUUACAAAGCUUCGCAGCAAAGGAUUUGGUUGGCAUUCUCUAUAUAUAUUUGUUAAGCUAGAUGUUAUGGCCAGUGUUCUCAUAACUCAUUCAAGGGCCCCUUAUUAUUACAUAGUAAUCAUGGAUCAUCUUCACUACCGGUUAUAAUUAUUAAUCACGUUAUGUACCUCAAAGUUUAUUCUUCCUCUUCUUUUUCAAGCCUUAUAUUAACUCUGUUCAAUCAGACAUUUGUGUCGUGAUACGCAUUUCAUUCAGAAGUUUACCUCCACAGGCCAAAGUAUGGGGUCCUAUCAUCAGUCUUCUGCUAAUUACUUUUAUCAUUGACCUGUAAUAUAUGUUUCAUACUGUCUUUCAAACAGCCCUCUCUUUUGUUGUUUAUGAAAGAUCAGAUCACAAGAAUAGGCCAAGUUUAUCUACUGAACAAGUACUCAACGAGGGCCAGUGUUGUUAUGUAGGACCCAGUCCUCCCUCUUCAUCUUCACCCUAGUUUAAGAAAUCUCGAAUUAUAGCUAGUUAUUCAUUCUCCUAACCAUAGCUCACUAUUGUCACGUCGACAGCAUAGUUAUCAUUCUGGGAUUAUUCCAGUGAGACCAAAGUACAAUGAGAUGAGAAAAGAGAAGUUCAGUUAUGGCAAAGAAAAAUUAUGAAUUCAUCGAGUUUUUAUUAAUAAACCCAGAUUCACCACAAGGUAUAAUUUUCUUUAGAAUUUUAUUUCUUAAUUCAAAGUAGUCUAUGCCUAUAGGCGCCUUCAUUAAGAGCACAUAAGUUUUUUCGGUCAUUCAUGUAUUUCUCUUGUCUCUAGCUAAUGUAACUUUACUGCGCAUUUGCUAAUAUGAUGCUGAUUAUCAAAGAAUCUUUAUAGAUAUUUGCAUCUCUAAGAGUUAUUAUAAUAGAAAGUUUUGACUGGCCUGUAUAUAAUGUAGACACGUUUAUCAACACAUAAUUUAUAUAAGGUUAUGUUCCAUUUUGUAUAUUAUUCGAUUAUUACAACUUAAGAAAUUCAAUCAGAGGCACUAUGGUUUCUCCUUUACCUACCCCCUUUUAAAGAGAAAAAUCAUCUAAAAUAAAAGGAGUAAAGAGAGAUGAAUAGAUAAGGCCUAAACAAGACAUACUAAACGACGAUUUACUAGCGAGAGAGAGAGAGAGAGAGAGAGAGAGAGAGAGAGAGAGAGAGAGAGAGAGAGAGAGAGAGAGAGAGAGAGAAAGUGUUCUAGUUCAUUGAAAUUAUUUGAUUAUCCUUGAAAGUAACAAUAUAAAUUUGAAAAUUAACGGGAGAGGUCGUACUUGAGUGUGGGCUACUUAGUACCAGUGAAUGACGACUGUAGCUUUAUGAAUAGGCUGAUGUAUUUCUCUGCAAAGGUUUCAUACAUAAUUCAGCAGUUAAAGUAAAGUAUGAUUACGAAUGUAACUUUGUCUUCUUUUCAUGGAGCCAAACACA